AUGAUGCCUGCAGCUCACCGAACGGACACCACACUAACACAAAGGGUAACUCAAACACUCAAAGCAUCACCAUCUAAAGUGUUUCGGUCCGCAUAUAAUUGUGCAGCCCGCCUUUUCGUUCUCCACGCCUUCAAGAACGACCUACCUGCACCUCCAUACCCUAAUCUCUUACAAUCCAACGUAUCUCCGACAGACCUCGAAGCUGUUAAAAUUCAUGAAGUCAUCCAUCAAGCAAGUGUUCGAAAAGCACUGCUUGAACGCAAAUUGUCCAACGCUGGAAAUGCCGCCCUGCGCCAAGUCGCAAUCCGCCAACGGGUGAAGCUAAUCGACGAGUUCAUUUGCAAGCACCGCAGGAUUAUAUCUCCUCUUCUACACCUCCCAGUCGACAUCUUCCUCUACAUAUUUUCUUAUCUUCAGCCACCGCUCGGCGAGGAGCGUCAUAAUACCAACAACGGCAGAGCUCGAUGGACGAUUUCGCACGUCUGCCGCUCCUGGAGAAGAAUUGCUUUGCUUAUGCCGACGCUUUGGAAUACCCCUCCACCUAUCGUUAUUCACAAGUCAACGUCCCAACGUGAGGUCAAAGUCCAAGCUCAUAUUCUUAACGAGAUGAUACGACGCUCUCAGUCUGUGCCCCUCCAACUCGACAUCACUGUAUCUUCCUUAACGAGAGGGAGCGAGAACCCCAUAUUGCGAACCCUCGUGGAGCAUGCAGAGUCCUGGGGUGACGUUCGUCUGAGUAUAUAUGCUCAUAUCCUCGAGGCUUUCCACGGCAUCAAAGGCCGUCUAACUAAUUUGGAGGUUCUCGAUCUAACCAUUGCAAAUUUGACUCCAGGAGAGUUUUCGUUCGACCUUUUCGAAACCGCACCAAAGCUCCAUCAAGUGUCACUCUCCUGCUGGGAGGGCAGUACUGUCCACCUGCCUUUCUCCCAAAUAAAGUGUUAUACUGAUUUCAGCAGCACGAUGCUUUUCACGAUGCUUUCAUCAGCUGAAUCGUUGACACAUCUCUACAUCGAUUCCAGAACAGAUGUCACCUUCCCUGGUCCACUGGUGCUUCCCUAUCUCAUCGAACUCCGCAUUGAUUGCGAUGACGACAUCACUCAGGCCCUCGAGCAGCUUAGCGUGCCACGGAUAGAGAAGAUCACUGUCCGCACGAGCCAGACUCCUCAUUCUGCCAGUUCGCUCACUACGAUGCUCUCCAAUGCGUCUGCACCUUCUCCACUCAAAUCCCUCCACUACCGUAACGGCGGCACAGAUCCGGGGGAUCUCAUCUCUUUCUUUCGGAUGACCCCAGAACUUGUAUCCCUCGAUAUUCCCCUCCCCGCACCUACUAUGAUCUUGGCGCUUGCUGACGCGGCUGUCCUUCCACACCUAGAAAAAUAUACCUUCUACCUCCGGAAUGCGGCAGAUGCCAAUCAAUGCGCUGCCCUGAAUCACCUCGCCUUUUCCCGCCGCCAGUGUGAUAGGCCAGUGUCAGCAACCUUUAACUCUGGCAUAGCUUCAGGUGAACCCAGCUCUUGUUUCAAGACGCUUUCCAUCGUCUUUGAUCCGAAUUUUUGUUACUACUAUGGCAAUUACAUAUUACAAGCAUCGUUAAACUGGGUGGGAGUCUCAUUCUUACCUUCCACUACGGCAUUUCAAGCGAUGGUUAGGUGGCUUCUUGUUCAAUCCGUCCGAAUAUACUUCCCAUGCCACGUUCACCUGGAGGAAGUGGAACAAGCCAUGUCGGUAAUCGAGAGCCUGUGCGAAGGCGAAAUAACCUACAAGAUGACCAUCGCCUCUGGUGUUCAUCUUGUCCUGCGCAGCAUCGCGCAUUUUCCGCUAUCUGAAGAAGCUGAAUCCCAAUACCAUUUUCGCGCCCGAGCUCAGAGUCUCCUGGACGAAUGGGAACCUAUAUUUCGGGACAAUCUCGCGGAUAUCCGCUGGGUAUUUCGCGGACCCAAGAUGCUAACUUAUGUUCCAGCUUCCGAUGCCAUCCGCGAGUCUCCUUCUGCUCUUGACUCGAUCGUGUACGGAUUCAACGAGAAAAGCGAAAUCGAUCCGAAUUAA